AUGAAUGAAAAUGUUACAAGCCCGAUGGUUGACAAUGGUUCGAGCGAGGAAAUACCUCAUGGCGCCUCAAACUCCUGUAACAAGGAUGAAUCGUACAAGUACGUCUUCCUGCCCGUGUGCUACACCUACACCUGCAUCCUCAGCUUGGCACUCAACUCCAUCAUCCUCUGCAGCAUUCUCAAACGGCGCAAGGAGUGGAAUUGUUCCCUCAUCUACAUGUUCAACCUCGCCCUGACUGACUUCAUGUAUGGCCUGUCACUGCCGUUCCUCAUUGCCAGCUACAUCAUGCAUGACGCCUGGGUCUUUGGGGACUUUACUUGCCGCCUGGUCCGCUUCCUCUUCUACUUUAACCUUUACUGCAGCAUCUUCUUCCUGACCUGCAUCAGCUUCCAUCGGUACCUGGGCAUCUGCCACCCCAUGAAGACUAUCACCAUGGAGACCAAGAAAACCGCCAGGGUGGUCUGCGUGCUGGUGUGGCUGGUGGUCCUGGCCCUCACCUGCCCCAUCUUCCAUUUUGCCAAGACCGCUGCCUUCAACAAUGCCACCAACUGCUGGGAUGAUGCCCUCGACACCGAGUACCCGCACUACGUGCCCUACGGGAUCAUCCUUCACUCUGUCGGAUUCUUCCUGCCCUUCUCCAUCAUCGCCUGGUGCUACUCCCGCGUGAUAAAGACCAUCUUCAAGACCAUCAACAACCAGGAGUUCAAGUCUGCUGUCCCAGGCUUAGAAAAGAGGCGCAAGUCCAUCAAGACGAUUGUAACCAUCACCCUCCUCUUUGCCCUCUGCUUCUUCCCGUUCCACGUGACCAAGACCAUCUUCUUGAUCAACAAGGCCGUCCCCGACGUGGCCUGCGCCACUAAGCGGGUGGUGACCAUCUGCUAUAAGGUCACCAGGCCCUUGGCCAGCUUCAACGCCUGGCUCAACGCCCUGCUCUACUUUCUUACCAAGGACAAGUGGCCGCAGAACUGCCUGAAGCCCAAGAAGAACACUGACGAUUCCAAAUCGUCGUGGAACAUUUUCAAACCGUUCAACCACUUGACGCCGCCCUCCUGA